GGAGUGUUCAAAGCCAAAGGGCAGACUCAGAGGACAUAAGAGGAGGCAGCUUCCCUGCCUCAGUUUACCCCCUGUGUGCAUCCAGGCACCUUCCUCCCCGGCUGCCCUCGGGCCCGGGUCCCCAGAGGCCCGGAGUCCCUCCAGUGCCUGGGGGAGCGGAAGGCGAAGCCCUGAGGGGUGGCGGACCGAGUCCUGCCAGCGCCGGCUGGGGGCGGGGCCGGGAGGCCCGCGCUGCUAGGUCCCCGCCCGCUGGUUUCCUCCGGGGUCAGCCCGGCUCCUUAUCAGGCGCGGCCAGGCAGCCCGGCCCUUAUCUGCCCUGGGCCAGCAUCCUCCGGCCGCUGCGCCGCCAGGGGUGAGAGGGAGGAAACCGGGCCGCCGGGGGCGGGGAGAGGGAAGGCCGGCCCAGGAGCCGCUCACUUUCCCUGGAGGAGACCUAAGCGGAGACCUCGGCUAUCCUGGCCCUCCAAGGCCCACGAGGAGGCGCGGCCCAGCGCCGGGGCCUGGAGCAUUGAGGCCGGACCCGAGCGAGACAGCAGAGCCUGGCCUGACGCUGGAAACCACACCCUGGCCCAGACUGCCAACCCUGACGGGACAGAGCCAGGGCACUCACCAGGCUGCAGGAACAGUGCUGGGGUGAGUACCCCCACGUCGGGGUCCAUGUGCCCGCCUCAGGCACAGGCAGAGGUGGGCCCCACCAUGACUGAGAAGGCAGAGAUGGUGUGUGCCCCCAGCCCAGCGCCUGCCCCACCCCCUAAGCCUGCCUCACCUGGGCCCCCGCAGGUGGAGGAGGUGGGCCACCGAGGAGGCUCCUCGCCCCCCAGGCUGCCACCUGGUGUACCAGUGAUCAGCCUGGGCCACAGCAGGCCCCCAGGGGCAGCCAUGCCCACCACAGAGCUGGGCACCCUGCGGCCCCCGCUGCUGCAACUUUCCACCCUGGGAACUGCCCCACCCACUUUGGCCCUGCACUACCACCCUCACCCCUUCCUCAACAGUGUCUACAUUGGGCCAGCAGGACCUUUUAGCGUCUUCCCUAGCAGCCGGCUGAAGCGGAGACCAAGCCACUGUGAGCUGGACCUGGCUGAGGGGCACCAGCCCCAGAAGGUGGCCCGGCGCGUGUUCACCAACAGCCGGGAGCGCUGGCGGCAGCAGAACGUUAACGGCGCCUUCGCCGAGCUGAGGAAGCUGCUGCCGACGCACCCGCCCGACCGGAAGCUGAGCAAGAACGAGGUGCUCCGCCUAGCCAUGAAGUACAUUGGCUUCCUGGUGCGGCUGCUGCGCGACCAAGCGGCAGCUCUGGCCGCAGGCCCCACCCCGCCCGGGCCCCGCAAACGGCCGGUGCACCGGGUCCCAGACGACGACGCCCGCCGGGGAUCCGGACGCAGGGCCGAAGUGGCAGCGCGCUCGCAGCCCGCGCCCCCGGCCGACCCCGACGGCAGCCCCGGUGCGGCGGCCCGGCCAAUAAAGAUGGAGCAAACCGCUUUGAGCCCAGAGGUGCGGUGACCGCACGCGCCAGCAUUUCUGAGCCGGAGGGCACCAGGGACUCGGCCCAGGGCCGUCGAGGAAAGGGCAGUGGACGUGCUGCGCGUGUUCGGGUGCGAACUCCCCCGAAGAAGGACCAGUGAAGACGUCAGGGGCAAGGUCUCGGGGGUCCGGAAGGGUGAUCAUCGCCCCCCAAGGGACCCGCAAACUCUUAAAAAAAAAAAUCACCCACCGCCCUGUGGAAGUGGCCUUGCCUGGUUCCCCUUCGCAGGGGCGCGGUUGGCAAACUAACAUGGCAGAGCAGUCACAGGACCCAA